AUGAAAAACAUUCAAAGGACUACUGAUACCGCCUCAUUCGCUAGUGAUCUUGUGACAUCCGUGGCAGCGAGCAUCACACGUUCGGACUCUGUCAAUUCUCUUGGAGGCUGGUCGUCAUCCGACGUUGCUGAUGAUGAAGACGAAGUAGACGUUGACGCAGAAUUUGACAAGGUUUGCUUGCAGGAGGAGCAUGGUAAUGACCUCGAUAUGGCUUCUGAAGAGAGUGCUCAGGAACAACAUGCUUUACUACCUGAGACGAAUCAACAAAUCAAAACGAAACGAAAACACCGCCUAACCCUAAAGGAGGUCGCGAGGGAAGUACUGAACGAGGUAUCGUCUGCCUCAGGCUCUCGCUCGCGUAUCCCACGUCCUCAAGCAUUGGAACGUUUCCGAAUCAGAAAUGCUAUAGCCAAUUCGCAGCUUCCGUCGGCGAUUUCUCCAACGGAACCCACCAUCCGACAACGAAGAUACAAGGUUCUCUAA